AUGUAUGCUGAAAGACCGAGGAACUCUAGAAGGUACCGAUCUCGUUCGCCUCAUAACGGCGAUCGUUACCGCGAAGAAGUUACUCACCGACAUCGAUAUAAUCGAGAUUAUGAAAGAGAAGGUCGAAGGAAUUCUGAUUAUACUGAACCACCAUAUAGGAGUUCACCUAGAAACGAAAAGCCUCACUAUGAAACUCGCGAUAGCGGAAACGAUAUACAAAUGAAAAAUCAACAACCUGAAAAACUACCUAAUCCUGAAACAAUAAAAGAUUCUAACCUUAAUCAAAAGCCAAAAAUUCCAAUUUCUCUAGAAGAAUUACUUCAGAAACGUGAAACGGAAAAACAAGCAAAUGAUAGACCUAAAUUCUUGACUAAAGAAGAAAGGACAAAGUUGGCGUUGGAAAAAAGACAGAAAGAAGUUGAAUUACAACGUCAAAAACAAGAGGAGGAGAGACGUCAGCAAGAGGAAUUCCAAAGACGUGCUAUGGAAGAAGCUCGACAAAAUGGAUAUGGUCGCGACAGAAGAGAUUAUUAUGAUCGUCACAACGAUCGCGAUAGGUUUGAACGAUAUGAUCGUGAUAGGACAAAGGGAAGAGAUCGUGAUUCUGUCGAUAAACGUUCCACUGAUAAAUCUGAUCAAGCCGAUGAAAAAGAUAAAUUGGAUGAUAAAGAAUUACAGGCAAUUCGAGAACGCUAUAUGGGUGGUGAGCGUAAAAAACGCAAAAUACGAAAGAUGAACGAGAAAAAAUUUGUCUUUGAUUGGGAUGCUGGUGAAGACACUUCGCAAGAUUUCAAUCCUUUAUAUGCAGCUAAGCAUAAUGCUCAAAUGUUUGGACGUGGUCAUUUCGCGGGUAUUGAUAUAAAAGAGCAAAAACGAAAUCGGGCACAAUUUUAUAAUAAAUUGUUAGAAGAGAGGAGAACACUAGAUCAAAAAGAUCGUGCUGAAGAAAGAAUGGAAAUUGAUAGGAAGAAAGAAUUAAAGAGUAUGUGGGAUGACAGGCAUUGGUCUGAGAAACCAUUGAGUGAGAUGAAAGAAAGAGACUGGCGUAUUUUCAAGGAAGAUUUUAAUAUAACAACUAAAGGUGGUAGCAUUCCAAAUCCUAUAAGAUCAUGGUCAGAACCUGGCUUGUCAGAACGCAUUCUCGAAAUUCUUGCAAAUAUUAGUUAUAAGGAACCUACUCCUAUACAGCGUCAAGCAAUACCUAUCGGGUUACAAAACAGGGAUAUAAUCGGUAUUGCAGAAACAGGAACUGGUAAAACCGCAUCGUUUGUCAUUCCAAUGCUUAUGUAUAUAUCUGAGCUUCCUAAAUUAUGUGAGGAAAACAUGUCUGAUGGCCCUUAUGCUUUGAUUUUGGCACCAACACGUGAAUUGGCACAGCAAAUAGAACAAGAAACUUUAAAAUUUGCUGCACCUAUGGGCUUCAACUGUGUUUCCAUUGUUGGUGGGCAUGCUGUCGAAGAGCAAGCGUUCAACCUAAGGAAUGGAGCGGAGAUCAUUAUUGCCACUCCAGGUCGUUUGAAAGACUGCCUUGACCGAAGAAUUUUGGUUCUUAAUCAAUGCACAUAUGUAGUUAUGGACGAGGCUGAUCGUAUGAUAGAUAUGGGUUUUGAAGCCGAUGUUAAUGUGAUAUUGGAUGCUUUGCCAGUGUCUAAUGUGAAGCCUGAUACUGAAGAGGCUGAGAAUCCAAUUGAGAUGCUAAAAAAAAAUGGUCGAAGAGAACGAUAUAGGCAGACAGUGAUGUUUUCAGCUACCAUGCCUCCUGCUGUUGAGCGAUUGGCCAAGAGAUAUUUAAGGCGGCCUGCUGUUGUGACCGUUGGUACUGCAGGACAAGCUGUAGAUACUGUGGAACAAAGAGUUGAAAUGAUCAAUGAUGAAGGAAGAAAGAAGGCACGCUUAUUAGAGCUCCUUCAAGGAUCCUUUGAUCCACCAAUAAUUAUAUUUGUCAAUCAGAAGAAAGGAUGUGAUGUUCUAGCUCGAGCAUUGAACAAACUUGGGUAUCGUGCAACAACCCUCCAUGGAGGUAAGACCCAGGAACAAAGAGAGAGCGCUUUGGCACAUCUUAAAAAUGGCACGAUGGAUAUUCUUGUUGCUACGGAUGUUGCUGGCCGUGGUAUAGACGUUAAAAAUGUUUCAUUGGUUAUUAAUUACGAUAUGGCAAAAACCAUUGAAGAUUAUACACAUCGUAUUGGUCGUACUGGACGUGCUGGUAAAUCUGGUGUAGCCAUUACAUUCCUAUCUAAUGCAGAUGCGGAUGUUAUGUAUGAUUUGAAACAAAUGAUGUUGAAGUCACCAAUAUCUAGGGUGCCUGCUGAAUUGGCGUCUCAUCCUAACGCGAUGGCCAAACCCGGAACCUAU